AUGAAGGGCCCCUGUGACAAGUUAGAAGAGAGUGCUCCGACAGCGGUGUGGCCCCCGAUGGCUGAGGCGCAAAUCUGGACAGUGAGGGAGAGGAGGUGCCAGGGUUCUACCGCAAGGAGGAAAUGCGUGAAAAGUCCAAAGACACACAUGGCGGCAGAGAGCAGCUCAACGGGCGGCGCGGACGGAGAAGCGGCCACUAAUUCAGAGAGACUGUCUCGCAUCAGCUGCGAGUGCCUGCGGUCGGCGGGCAGGCGGCGAUGCUCGGCGUCGCCUCUGCUGGACGGAAAGGAAGGAAAAGAAAACCUGAGAGAGACUCCGUACGAUGUCGAGGACGGGCCCGAGGAGAUGGAUUGUGCGGAAGGGGACAAAAACGUCUUUCCCGAUGAUGACAGUAACCAGAUUCUUCCUGUCGAGCAGUUCUUUGGAAAUCUGGAUGCUGUGCAGGAUUUUCCUGCAAGAACCUCAGCGACUUCAUCCCGUCGCCAGAAGGAGCACCGGCGGCGGCAUUAUUUCGCUCGAGAGGACAGCGAUGAAGAGGAGGAGCGAGCGGAGGGAGACGGCACUUUAUGA